AUGGCACGCGCCCGAGCAGACGCCCCCGCGCUCAACGGCCAUGAUGGUAUCAAGAAGUUACCUCAAUCCACGCGCAAGGUGGGUAAAAGAAGCGUCAAGAUACCGUGGGCCUCGCGUCGACCACGCGCGAAGCUGUCUUAUGCGGAGAAGAAGGCACUGCGUGAGAAGUCGAAGGUCUACAAGCAGACGCUCAACAACAGGCUCGACGCCAUCCGGGAUGAGGUAUGGGACCACGCUGUAUCGCUCCACGAAGACCUGGGCAAGCACAGCGCGGCGUGGUACUACCGCCUCAUCCUCCACCAGAGCAACAUCCGUUUCAAGGAGCCACGCGCCCUCUCACUGUGGAAUGCGUUCGUCAGCCAAGAGCUUUGCGCCCACAACCAAGACCUGAACACCAAUGACCGUGUGUCGUCUGGGUUCAUCAAGACCCUCGCCGAGCGCUGGGCUGCGAUGUCCAAUGAAGAGCGCGAAGAUGUCUCUCGCGACAAGGUCGAGGAACUGAACGAGCGGCGCGAGGAGCGGGGGCGUCCAGUGCCUAACCUCGCCGUCGCAAAUUUCAACGAUACUCGCGCCACACUCCAGGAUGUCGCCAAAGAGCUCAAUGAUCUCCACGAGCGCACCGGCGUGGAGGUCUUGCUCUUCGCGUGCCGCGGCGACCAGGCCAAUCACCUCAAGCCUUGGGUGUACCGGACCAGCGAGCGACUUGAGGAAUUCGUGGAGCUGUUCAGUGGCGCGACGUUGGGCAAGCUCGCUGCGCGCAUCGAAGCAUGGUGUCUCACUGGUAUCAAAGGCUUGACAAAGAAACACAAGAACACGGUCUUGGAGCUUAAGUCGAAGGUCGGUACUCUCAUACUCGAGAAGCUCCACGCGACGUCGACGCGGGGUAAGCCCUCGGCGAUGUCUUACCUCGACUUUGCAAACAGGAUCACGCUCAAAUAUGGCGUCGUCCUUGAGAACUGGCCCGUCGAAGUGUUCCAAGCCCCUGGCCGGUUCAACUCCCUCAAGUACCUCAACACGCUCUAUUCAGCCUGGGAGGGGGGGACGACGGCGUUCCGACUCCUCACCGACGAGGAGUUCACGGCCUGG